UAUAAGUUUAUAGAACAGACUAGAGGCCAAUCUGAACACCUGUAUAUAUACCUCUAUAUAUACAUAAAUAUAUAAAUCAAAAAAUAUUCAGCUAAGAAGAGCGAAGAUGUGGGAGAAACUGGUGAACUGCAUCAAGACCAACGGUGGUGGUGGCAAAAAAACAAGCUGCCAGGCUGUCCAAUUGGCUGACCUGGUGAAACAGGUGCCCCCCAACCAGAUGAAGAUGUAUGAAAUGUUUGCCAAGAAGCAUGAGGAGUACAAGGAUCGCGUUCGCAAGCAUCCAGAAUCUUUGCCGACAAUCGACUGGGAGUAUUACCGCACCAAUGUCCGUGAAGAGUUUGUGGAUUGGGUCAAGGGUUACGAGAAUAAGUACGAUAAACUUCACUCCCUGUUCGAGAAUCGACAUGCCAUGGUGGAUCACAAACGCUAUUUUGAUCAAGUGGACGUGGAAGAGGCCGAGGUGACGAAGGCUAUUAGUCAGUAUAAGGCUGAAUCGAAUGAAAGAAUCAAAGAGCUGAACAAAAAACUGGAGUUCGUAAAGGCCAUGGUACCCUAUGACCAAAUGACCAUGGAGGAAUUCUGCUAUGCCCGUCCUCAUUUGGCUCCGGAUUUCAUUAACAAACCGACUUUCUGGCCCCAUACUCCCGAAGAGCAAACACCAGGUCCAUCGGAUCCAGAGGCAGCGGCAGCUUUACACCAUGAAGAGGAACCGGAACCGCCGGAGCCUAAAACACCCGAGAAACCUCCGGAAAAGACUGCCGGAGAUGCAAAACCAGCAGCGGCUGCGGCUCCCAAAAAACCCACAGAACCUGCUGUUGACACCUCUCAGUUGGCUGAAAAGGCCAGUGAAAUGGCCAAGGAAUUAGUGGCCAAAGCCAUUGUACUUUUCAACGCUUUAAAAGAGAAAAUAUCGGGAAUGGCCAAGAAUGUUCAGAAGAAAGCCGACGAAGCCCGCGCUGAGAAAUCGGAAACUCCCACAUCCCCAUCCCAAGAGACACGUGACAGGAUUGCAGAACGUCAACCGGGCUCAAAUGUCUGUAACCAGACCAUUAUACGCGGCGAAGAGGCGGAGUCCAAUCCGGAUGUUAAGGCCAGGCAUACUAACCUAUCAAUCGAGUCAGAUCCUUGCGAUCCUCAGGAAGAGAGAAGCAGAGAGAUAGCUAGAACUCUGGAACGGAAGCGUCAGCUUCAGGAGGCGGAGGAGUGGGAUAAAUAUAGGAACAAGGGAGAUCCUUGCAAGCCUGAGGAAGAAUCUAUCUGUGAACCCGAUCCUUGUAAGCAGAAGGAUGAACUCAUUUGUGAGCCUGAUCCUUGUCAAGCGGAUCCGUGCAAGGCAAAAGAUGAAGAAGCCAUCUGCAAGCCUGAUCCUUGUGAACAAAAAGAGGAAGACAUUUGCAAGCUAGAUCCUUGUGAACAAAAAGAAAAGGAUAUUUGCAAGCCAGAUCCUUGUGAACAAAAAGAAGAGGAUAUUUGCAAGCCAGAUCCUUGUGAACAAAAAGAAGAGGAUAUUUGCAAACCAGAUCCUUGUAAGCCAAAAGAUGAAGAAGGCGUCUGUGAUGAAGAUGAAGAUCCUUGCAAAAAGAAACCAGAAGAGAAAGAGGAUGGCAAGUUCGAUAAGGAAAACGAAGGUGAUUCAGAAAAUUACAAAAAUCAGGAGCAGGUCUUCAUCAACAUAGCCAAAUGCAGCGAGGAUCUAGCCAAAAAGGACAAAGAAAAAUCUGCUGAUCCUGGAAAACCCAAGGAAAAGGCUUCUCUACCAGGAACAGUUCAGGGAUCAGAUCAAAAACCUAUUUUAGGCUUACAGCUAACAGAGUCUAAGGGCGCUAGAAAGGAUCAAAAAGACCGCAUUGAAGGUGCAGAUGAAGUGGGUCAUGUGUACACAGAUCCCAAUCAGCUGGCCGAGUUACUUGCCAAGGAGAAAGAGAAAAAGGAGAAAGAACUUAUGGAAAAAUCUGUGCCAGCUAUAAUCGAAGAGGUGAUAAAACCCGAGGACGGUAAUCCAGUUACCAUAUAUCCUAGACUGGAGAUUCCAGCCAGAUCCAAAACCGAAGAACCCAAUAAUGAUAAAACUGUAAAGUCUGCCAAGGAUAUGGCCAAUCAGGUGUUCAGCAUGGCCUCAGGAGCUGCUUCGCUUCUGACAGACGCCACAAAUACACUCGAGGAUUUGAAGAAAAAGAAGGAGGCUCGCUUGGAGGCUUUGGAACAGGCCUACAUUUCUGCCCAAAGACAGGCUGAAGGAGCACAGGCCGAGGCCACGAAAGCCGUAGAAGCUGCCAACAAAUUGGCCCUAAGAUCUGCUCAAGAAACCGGCGAAGUCAGCAACCGGGAUCGUGAGGCCGUGGAAAUGGCCGAAAAGCAUGCCAUUUUGGCUAAGAUGUUGGCCAGCCGUGCUGUGGCCUUAAAGGAGGAAAUCGCCCGUGUUCUUAAUGAUCUGAAAAAGAAGCAGUAAUCCUUCGAGUAACACAUUUCUUAAUGAUUUUAUACCACAUUUUGUUAGUUCUUUUUACGUAUUAAAUUUUCUGUUCGUUGUUUUUUUGUUUUCGUUACCGUUCAAA